AUGAGUCGCGACAUCGCCACUUGGUGCAAAACAUGCGUAGCUUGUCAACAAUCAAAAGUGACAAAGCACAACAAAUUUUUGCCCAAGCAUUUUGUUACUCCAAAUGCAAGAUUUGAUCAUGUCCACCUGGACCUCGUAAGACCAUUUGCCUACAGUCACGGCUACUCGCAUCUCCUCACCAUCAUCGAUCGUUACACGAGAUGGCCUGAGGCUAUUCCAAUUGCUGAUACCACGGCAGCGACAGUACUUGCUUCCAACGGGAUGGUGGAACGCCUCCAUCGAGACAUCGAAACAGCUCUCAUGUGCCACGGAAACAGCCAGGAAUGGGUUCGCUUACUACCCACAGUCAUGCUUGAACUGCGCACUCGUGUUCGUCUAGACACAGACGCCAGUCCAGCUGACUUAGUUUAUGGAAAAUCAACGAGAAUCCCCGGUGAUUUCUCACCCUUCACGAACGAAGAACCAAACGUCCGUCAAUUCUAUAACGAAUUCCGAGAUCGCAUGCAGCAACUGAGACCAGUUCCAAUCAGUCACAAGACAGCGAUCAAGCCAUUCUUGCACCAGGACAUUAAAAAAUUGACACGGCCCUACACUGGCCUGCACAAGGUCAUUUCUCGCAACAUGGAGAACCAGACCUUCAUCAUUGAAGUCAAUGGCACACAGAAGACAGCAUCACUUCAACGCUUGAAGCCUGCAUUCAUACUUCAAGAGGAUCCUGACGGCACUAAGGCUGACAAAACGCCUGAACCGAUCAAAAUUCCCGAACCAACGCAGCGUCUAGCAGAUGACACACCUCCCGCACCUCCUACUCCGCCUACAAUCGAUCCACCGGAUCUACCGACUCCCACACCUCAACCUCCCGUUCCCAAACGUACGAAGUUUGUGCCGAACAUUCUACGACGAAAUAAAAACAUUGAUUCGGCUCAGUCAAAUAAAGAGGUACCGAGAAAGCGAGUCUCAUUUGCGGCGAGGCCGAAGGUCAGAACCUUCAAACCUGAAAUACCGAUUUAG